AUGACGUCUCCGUCACCAUUCAUUCUUGACCCAGGCUCCCGCUGGUAUGGUAAUGAUGGAAACUGGUCAACUUUCAAUAUAGGGGUCGGACAGCCUUUCCAACAAUUUACAGUCCUUCCAUCCACAAGAUCUGCAGAUAUUUGGGUUCCAGUCGCGGACGGCUGUGCGGGUCUCUCAUGGAAUGGCUUCGAUUGUGCAAAUUCGAGAGGUGUAGGCACCGUCCAAGGGGUGCAAUCUCCAGGUUUCCUGUCGAAUGAGUCGACGUCUUGGCAACAGUUGGGACUUUAUCGUCUGCCUACGGAAGAUGCUUUGUAUGGUAGCGAGAAUAACGGACUGUAUGGAUUGGAUACGCUGGCGCUGAGUGAUAAUUAUGAAGUCUCGCUUUACAAUUGGACUAUUGCUGGAAUUGCCACUCCUGACUUUUGGUUGGGAAUGCUGGGACUGGGUUCAGAGUCAAUGAAUAUUACCGUUUUGGAAAAUAGCACUCCYAGUCUGCUUACUACCAUGAAGGCAGAUGGGAAGAUUCCGAGUAUAUCGUAUGGGUAUGCUGCAGGUGCAUUCUAUGAGUCGUCGCCCGGGAGUCUAAUCCUAGGAGGGUGGGAUGAAGCAAGACUAUCAGAUGGUAGUAUAGUCGUUCCCAACGACGACAAGAGUGAUCUUUUCGUCAACCUGAAGAGUCUCGUCGUAUCAAACAGCCUCCAGGGUACGAUAUCAUUCCCGGACGAGACCAAGAAUCUUACCAUGGCCAUCGAUUCAACGACUUCCCAAAUAUGGCUCCCUCGUGGUAUAUGCGACAAAUUCGAGAGCGCUUUCGGACUUGUGGAUGAUCCCAACACGGGAUUGUAUCUCGUUAAUGCUACCACACACAGUCAGCUUCUCAAUCUCAAUCCGGAAUUCACCUUUACACUGGCUGCCAAUGCCAGUACCAGCUCCACAACGAAUAUCGUGCUGCCGUAUGCAGCUUUGGAUUUGACUGUGGGCGUGCCGUUCUACAAUAGUAGCAGUACGAUCAGAUAUAUGCCGAUUAGACGAGCCGACAACUCGACGCAAUAUACGCUUGGGAGAGCGCUUCUGCAAGAGGCAUAUCUCAUCGUGGACUAUGAGAGAAGUAACUUCACAAUCGGACAGACGAGUCAUAAUAAGGAGAAGAGGAUUGUACCCAUCACAUCUCCACGGGAUAGACGAGGAAAGAGCCUAGGGUCUGGUGCCAUCGCCGGAAUCGUCGUCGGUGGAGUGGUAGCCCUUGUCUUCCUCACGACUCUUGUGUGGUAUUUCUUCAGGCAGCGCUCCAAGACCGACCACAAAAUCGGCGAGGCAUGA